CUCCAUCCAUCACUUCCUGCCUGCCGGGGGCUCCACGAGGAGGGCCCCGCUGUCCCCACGCUGUCCCCGGGCAGCUCUGGGACCCGGGGUGGCAAUGGCCAGCCUGGCCGCCCAGGACUCCUACCUGCAGGGCUUGGCCAAGAGGGCCGGCGUGCAGCACGCCCCGGAGUCGCGGAAGAGGAAAUUUGUGUCUAAGCCAGGCCAGCCCGAGGAUGGCAGACAGGUCAAAAAACAGAAGAAAAAGAAGCCCAGGAAGCAAAGUGAGAAGAAGAAUGCUCCUUCAGCCAAACAGGAUGUUUCUAAUACCGGUAAACCCACUCCAGGACAGAAAGCAGCGCCUCAAGCCAGCAAAUCAUCUCCACAAGGUGGCACACAGAACAGAAAGGAGAGUUUGGAUACAGGAAGUAAAAGUGAACUGAGUUCCCCUUCUGUUUCUGCACUCAGUCUGUUGCGUCAGAGACUCCACGAGAAGAUUAAAAAGGCUUCUGGACAGGAUAAUGCCAAGGAGUUAACCCCUGCAGUGCUGGAGAAGAGGCAGCGAAGGAAGUAUGAGAGAGAGAGAAAGAAACGCCGGCGAAAGGAGUUGAAGAUGAAGGCAAAAAUGGAGAAGAAAGAGACUGUGGAGGUACCAGCAGAGCCAGAAAACAAAAAGGAGGAGAGCAAAGCUGACAUUGUCUUCAACAGGGUUAAAGUUCAUGAAGAGAAUGAGUUAAACAUGGUCCAGAAGAAGAAAGAGAAGAGGAAAGCGGUGAAAGGCAAUAUCACUCCUCUGACAGGCAAGAACUACAAGCAGCUGCUGAGCAGGCUGGAGACCAGGAAGAAUAAACUGGAGGAGCUCAAGGAGAAGGACGAGAAGAAAGCUCAGGAGCUGGAGACCAAGAUAAAAUGGACAAAUGCCCUGUAUAAGGCAGAGGGGGUGAAGAUCCGUGACGAUGAGGAGCGUCUGAAGGAGGCCCUGAAGCGCAAGGAGAAGCGGAGAGCGCAGCGCAAGAAGCAGUGGGAGGAACGGACUGUGAGGGUGGUGGAGAAGAUGCAGCAGCGGCAGGACAAGCGCAAGAAGAACAUCCAGAAGAAGAAGAAGGAGAGGAUAGAGAAGAAAAAAGCCAGGGCCCGGAAGAAGGGCCGAGUUCUGCCAGAGGACUUGAAAAAAGCUGGGUUAAACUGAGAGCAAGGCAGCUCUCCUGGCACAGGGGUUCCAGGGUCUGUCACAUGGGGCUGUCACUGUCCCAAGCCACACUUUCCCAGCCUCAUUGUGCUAAAAAACAGUAUGUAUGUUUGUUAAUAAAGUUUUUUAUCCUAAAGAAA